AUGACAUCCUACGAGGAAAUCACGAGGGUAGUUAUCUCUCGAGAGAAGAAGUACGGCGUCCCCGAGCCAUGGAAAUUCGAUAUCGAAAUGGAGAUCGGUCCGGAGAGGAUUCCGUACCAAGUCGUGAAGGUCAUAAAGAAGGACAGUCCGGUUAAUAAGAAGACGGUGACGUUAGAACGAUGGGACAUCAUCCUGGGAGUCGAGAGGAGCAUCACCAUAGGAGAGCGCCCCAAGACAGUUAAGCAGAUGAUUAGAAUGACCGGCACGUCUUGCCGACUGACGUUACUUAGACCAAACCUCUAUACAAUGGGAGAAAAAGAGCCGUUCAGAUUCCGAAAUCUCUGUCUGGAAACGUUACGCAAAUGUAACCCGAUUGUGGUCGUGGUUGAAAUGACGAAGCGUCACAACUGUGAAUGGCCGAGCUAUGGUUUUGAAACAUUUAAGGUGGCUGAACGUGACGGGCCAGAGCGGUUUUUCCGAGCGGAAAUUGUGAGGCACGUGUUUCAUCUGAACGUCGUCGGGAGAAUGGACAAAAUCGACCAGAUCGAGAUGAUCCGGAAAGAAUUAUGGAAAACAUUCAAAGACCGGGGAACCGUCGAAAAUGAGCUUGAAAGCGCUGAGCCUGUCGAGGAUCGGAAGCUCGCCCUUUGGAACAGGAUCUACAUGGGCGACGUUCUGCUCAAGCUCAACGAUUUUCUGCUUUUCGAUAACGAGGACUUCGUCAAUCUGCGUAUCGAGAUCAAGGAAAAGGUUGCUCUAACUGUGCUGCCCCUAUCGCCGCUCAGGUCGUUCCUCCGCAGCUGA